UCCUCCACCAAUAUCUCCGGCCCCAUUUCCCCUUCCUUCGGCUCGCUGACUCAGCUUCGCCUUUUGGACUUGUCUUCGAACUCUCUUUCAGGGCCUAUUCCAACUGAACUAGGCAAACUCACUCUGCUCCAGUUCCUUUUCUUGAACUCAAACAGAUUGAGUGGCUCAAUCCCACAGCAGCUAGCCAAUCUCGAUUCAAUCCAAGUCCUCUGCCUCCAAGACAAUCUCCUUAACGGGUCGAUUCCAUUGCAAAUAGGCUCGUUAAUUUCGCUGCAGCAGUUAAGAAUCGGUGGGAAUCCAUCUCUAACCGGUGAAAUCCCACCUCAGUUGGGACAAUUAACGAAUCUAACAACAUUUGGCGCUGCGGCCACUGGUUUAUCCGGUGCUAUCCCUCCCACAUUCGGAAAUUUGAUCAACCUCCAAACGUUGGCUCUUUACGACACCGAGUUAUCCGGUUCGAUUCCACACGAAUUAGGGUUUUGUUCGGAGUUGAGGAACCUGUAUCUGCACAUGAACAAGCUCACCGGUGCAAUCCCUUCCGAUUUGGGGAAGCUGCAGAAGCUAACUAGCAUGCUUCUGUGGGGGAAUUCUCUCUCCGGCGAAAUUCCGGCUGAGCUUUCCAACUGCUCUUCCCUAGUUGUGCUCGAUGUGUCGGCCAAUGAUUUGUCCGGCGAAAUCCCUGGUGAUUUAGGCAAGCUAGAGGUUCUCGAGCAGCUUCAUUUGUCCGACAAUGCACUCACUGGUUCAAUCCCAUGGCUUCUGAGCAACUGCACGAGUUUGAUUGCUCUUCAGCUUGAUAAGAACCAGUUAUCUGGUCCAAUCCCAGGGCAAAUUGGUCAAUUGAAGUACUUGCAGAGUUUUCUCCUGUGGGGAAAUUCUGUCACAGGGACCAUUCCAUCUACGUUUGGGAACUGUACAGAACUGUAUGCGCUUGAUCUCUCGCGGAACAAGCUCACUGGAUCAAUUCCCGAAGAAGUAUUCAGUUUAAAGAAGCUGAGUAAGCUGUUGCUAAUGGGUAAUUCAUUAACCGGUGGACUAUCACGAAAUGUAGCCAAAUGCCAAUCUCUCGUGAGGCUAAGGCUCGGUGAGAAUCAACUCUCUGGCCAAAUUCCGAAAGAAAUCGGACACCUCCAGAAUCUCGUGUUUCUUGAUUUGUACAUGAAUCAUUUCUCUGGAGGCUUGCCAGGUGAAAUAAGUAAUAUCUCGGUUCUUGAAUUUUUGGACGUGCAUAAAAAUUACAUCACCGGAGAUAUACCAUUUGAAUUGGGAGCGCUCGUGAAUUUGGAGCAGCUUGAUCUUAGUCAAAAUAGCUUCGCCGGUGAAAUUCCAUGGAGUUUCGGUAAUUUUACUUACCUGAAUAAGCUAAUCUUGAAUAAUAACCUUCUCAGCGGCGAAAUCCCAAAGUCGAUUAGGUACUUACAGAAAAUAACUCUCCUUGAUUUGAGCUUCAAUGGUCUUUCCGGUUUUAUUCCACCUGAAAUCGGUUACUUGACGAGCUUGACAAUUAGUUUGGAUUUGAAAUCGAACAAUUUCAGCGGCGAAAUCCCAGAGAAAAUAUCCAGUUUGACGCAGCUGCAGUCGUUGGAUCUCUCGUUAAAUAUGCUUUACGGGAGGAUCUCUGUUUUAAGUGUUCUCACAAGUCUCACUUACCUCAAUGUUUCUUGUAAUAACUUCUCCGGUCCAAUACCUGUAACACCAUUUUUCAGAACUCUAACACCAAAUUCUUUCAUCAACAAUCCUCACCUUUGUGAAUCUCUCGAUGGCUCCACUUGUUCUUCUCGGCUAUUGGGAAAAAACGGGUUGAAAUCUGCCAAAACCAUAGCAUUAGUCACUCUAAUUCUGGUUUCGGUAAUAAUGGCGGUAGUUGCCACCUGGAUUCUUGUGGCAAGAAAUCCCAACUACACGAUCAAGAAAUCGGGAUUUCCGAGCUCGUCCACAGAAGAGGAUUUCUCAUAUCCAUGGACUUUCAUUCCAUUUCAGAAACUCGGCUUCACAGUAGACAACAUCUUGAACUGCUUAAGAGACGAAAAUAUAAUCGGAAAGGGAUUUUCGGGGGUGGUUUAUAAAGCGGAGAUGCCAAACGGAGAAACAAUUGCGGUUAAAAAGCUCUGGAAAACGAAGAAAGACGAAGAAGAACCGAUCGAUUCCUUCGCCGCUGAAAUUCAAAUUCUCGGGCAUAUCAGGCACAGGAAUAUAGUGAAACUACUCGGGUAUUGUUCGAACAAGACUGUGAAGCUUCUUCUAUACAACUACAUCCCGAAUGGAAAUCUCCAGCAGCUCCUGCAGAACAGCAGAAGCUUGGAUUGGGAAACGAGGUAUAAAAUAGCCGUUGGAUCGGCUCAAGGCCUAGCUUAUCUCCACCACGAUUGCUUGCCCACAAUUCUCCACAGAGAUGUCAAGUGCAAUAAUAUUCUAUUGGAUUCGAAAUACGAGGCUUACCUAGCAGAUUUCGGGCUUGCGAAGCUGAUGAAUUCUCCGGUGAAUUAUCAACAAGCGAUGUCGAGAGUGGCGGGGUCGUACGGAUACAUUGCACCAGAGUAUGGGUACACAGCGAAUAUAACGGAGAAGAGCGAUGUGUACAGCUACGGCGUCGUAUUGCUGGAGAUACUGAGCGGGCGGAGUGCGGUGGAGCCGCAGAUAGGGGAAGGGAUGCAUAUCGUGGAGUGGGUGAAGAAGAAAAUGGGGAGCUUUGAGCCGGCGGUGACGGUGCUCGAUACGAAGCUUAGGGGUUUGCCGGAUCAAUUGGUGCAGGAGAUGCUGCAGACGCUAGGGAUUGCGAUGUUCUGCGUGAAUAAUUCGCCGUCGGAACGGCCGACGAUGAAGGAAGUGGUGGCGCUUUUGAUGGAGGUGAAGAGCCCGUCGCCGGAGGAAUCGGGGAAAACUUGUCAGCCUCUUAUGAAAUAAGCCCCCGUAUCAGAGAUUAUU